ACUCGAGAAUUGUAAGCGUGACAAAAACAACAAAGCCGAGGCGCAUUUCACAAUAAUUAAAUGUUUUUCGAGCAAUUGCGGCGCGUUUAACCCAGCAAAACCGUUUGCAAUGAGUGAAUUAAGGACCCAGUGACCGGUUUAAGACGACCAGUGAUUGUGAAGCGCCAGCGGCGCUGCGAACUAAGCCAAAAUACGGCGAGCGAAAACGCCGACCGCAUAACCUGUACGUGUACGCAAGGCAAGGCGAAUGGAGGGCGGCAAGGGCAAGAGAAUGAAGGAGGAGGCGCCAAGCAAGAAGUUGCCGCCUAAAAUCUACGGCGGCGAUAUGUGCACCCCCACGAAGGCGGCCCACGACGAGAUCCUCAGCUCGCUGCUCCGGAUCAACAAUUUCGACUCGAUAUCGAGCAUCAAGGACGAGUCGCUGGACAUCGAUCUGUCCGCCUGCGUGACCAUCAGCUCCGCCAGUUUGGUUAAUGGGAACAGCCUCUCCUCCACGGACUUUUGGCGCGUCCUGGAUGAGAGUGCCCAAAACAACACCGAGCUGAAUCUCUCCUCGGAUGUAUGCCGCGAUGAUCUGGCGGCCACCAGCUCCUCCGCCGUGCCCAGCAGUUUGGCCAGUGAUAACCACUCUGGAUCUGAGUUUAGUGUGACUUUCCUGCGACCCGAGCCGCCGAAUGCCUUCACCAACUCACCCUUCAAGAAGACCUCUUCCAGUGGCACAUCCACGCCCGUGAAGCUAUCGCCAGAGCAGAUCCAACAACAGCAGCAGCUCCAGAUGCCCCAGUUGCUGCAACGCAAACCCAAGUUACCGGCAGCAACGGCGGUGCGUCUAAAGGUAUUUAAGGAGGAGCCGCCCGAGGAGAAACAUCCGCCAGAACAAGUGGUUACCAAGAUCGAGCUGUGCGAGUCCGAGUUCCUGCCACCCUCGUUCACCAUCUUUCAACAGGCCAAGUCUGCAGAGGCAGUUGCAGAUGCAGUUAGUAUGCCGCCACCGGCAGCCUCGGAAACCAAGCUGUUCGAGGUGGAUCCGGCACCGCUACAUAAGUGCCUCGACUGCAAUGGGAUGCUGUUGGAGACGCCCGAUGAAGUGGCCAAGCACGAAGCGGCCAACCAUCGGUUGAGGCUUACUUACCGCUGCACCGAGUGCCAGCGGGAGUUCGAGGUGCUGGCUGGAUUAAAGAAGCACUUAAAAACGCACCGUACAGAGGGACGCAAGGACACCUGGAAGAAGUGUCCCGACUGCGGCAAGUGCCUCAAAUUGGGCAGUAUGUGGAUGCACCGGAAAAUCCACAGCGAUAAUAAAAAAUACCAGUGUGACGUCUGCGGCCAGAAGUUUGUUCAGAAAAUAAACCUAACGCACCACGCUCGGAUUCACUCAUCCGAGAAGCCCUACGAAUGUCCCGAGUGUCAGAAGCGAUUUCAGGAGCGCUCCCAUCUGCAGCGCCACCAGAAGUACCACGCGCAGACGCGUUCCUACCGCUGUGAGAAGUGCGGCAAGAUGUAUAAAACGGAACGCUGCCUCAAGGUCCACAACCUGGUGCAUCUGGAGCAGCGACCGUUCGCAUGCACCGUGUGCGACAAGAGCUUUAUCAGCAACUCAAAACUGAAGCAGCACUCCAACAUACACACGGGCAUGCGGCCUUUUAAGUGCAACUACUGUCCGCGCGACUUUACAAACUUUCCCAAUUGGCUAAAGCACACGAGACGACGCCACAAGGUGGACCACAAGACGGGCGAACACCUCGAGAACAUUCCCUCCUAUUGCUCGAAAAAGUCGACCAGCAACAAAGCCCAAAAGGCUGCGGCGGCAGCAGCAGCGGCGGCGGCGGCGACAGCAGCAGCAGUAAAUCCCGAUGACCUUUCCGCUUCUGCUGAACUGAAAGUGAAGCCCAAUAUUGCACCUACUGCAGCACCGGCGCCCACAAAACAGACACGCAAAAAGAAGCAGCCACAGCAGGCCACCCUUGCCGCUUUGGGAAUCACUUUGCCAGCGGGUACAGCCCUGCAGCAGGUGCACCCGACGCCACCAGCACAACCGCAUCAGCAGGAGCUGACAACUGUGUUGGUUGCGCUGCCUCCGCCAGCACCCAAGCAGACCAAAGCAAAGCGAGAACGCAAGCAGCUGGCGCCCAAGCAACUGCAGCAAAAACCACCGCAGCUUUUGCAGCAGGCUCAAUUACCGCAGUCCACUCUGGAGCCUAUUGCUCCGGUGCCACAAAUCAAGAAGGAGCCGGUGCAGAACCAGGGUCCAUUCCUCGACUUGCACGGACUCAGCCUGACUUCAGCCGAAGAGCUGAUCAUGGAGCAGGCCCUGGAAAUGGAGGAGUGCGGUCUGUACGAUGCCCCUAAUGCGAACACUGAAAUGGGGACAUCUGACAACGCAAUCUCAGACUCGGCUGCUGCCCUUCACUUCCAGAUAAAGAACGAAUUACCGGACGAUAUGUUGCCGGAUGAUGAUUUUAUGCCUUGUAAACCCAGCGAUCGCAUAGCUUGUCCCUCACUAGAGUCUUCGCCGUUCUCGUCGCCCGCCUCCAUGGAGCUGACCGCCGUCUCCUCAUCAAGUGCCGCCACAUCGACGCAAGCAAUACCGGUGAGAUCUGGGAACUACUACCUGCCCGCCUUCACGCUAAAUGCGCACGGCAAGCUCAGCAAUACGGGGAAUGCAGCACAGUCUGUGACCACUAGUUUAGCUCAGACACCAUCCGUGUCCAUGGUGAAUGUGCCGCUGCUGGUGAGAUCUAACCAGAUGUUGCCAUCAGUGGAUACGCUACUCUUUACCAACCAGACCGGUGGCAGUCGAUUCUUUGCGGGGAAGUCGGCGACUGCAGCCACGUCGCAUAUGACAUGAUCAGGCGGCGGCGUCUGCUGCCCGUCAACAUGAACGCCUCAACGAUCUCCUGUGUCUUAGUUAAGUUAGCAGUGUGGACUUUGUUGCGCCCACGCAAUUGGGCGGUCGCUGACCACUGGCAAUCGUUUAAAGAAUUCGGAUGAGUGUCCGUAGGUUAUUAAGAGUAUGACGCUAAAUUUGUUUAAGUGAUAGACCUAAGCUGAUUUCUGCAUAGCGCCUAAGUGUAUUUGAGUGUAUAUAUAAACGUUUAUAUAUAGAAACAUAAUGAUAAAUCUUUGAUUUGUACGCUUCACACCAAUAAUAAAUUUCGUACAUAUUUUAUUUAAA